UAACCUCUCCUAAAUUUUUUUCAGCCGCCACACACGUGUCUCUAUCGUUGGUUUAAUCUCUCCUCUCUCGCUGUGUUCACCGCCGCUCGCCGUCCACCGUUUCCCACUCUUCGCCGACGCUCCUCUCUUUCCGUCUCUCUCGUUUCGUUUUCCCCCAACCCAUACCUUCAAACAUUCUCGUUACAUUCUCCCCCAACCGAAGCUCGUACCCCUAACUCGAUCCAACUACACCCUUAGCUAUCAUUUUGGAGGAACUAUUUGAAGAUUAUUAGAAGAUUGUGAAGAUGUGCAAGAGAAUUUUAUGAUACUAAUUGGUUGUAUCGAAAGGUCGAUAAUAAACAGUUCCAUUAGAACGUUUCUCAGUCAGAUUCUGUUCCUGAUUUGUCUAUCUCUAGCAUUCCAAUUGUUCAAUAAUAAUGAAAAUCCUAGCCGCUACAUCGAAUCAGUUGCCUCUAACUCUCUGCCUACCGUCGAAAAUCUCCCGCAACUUUGACUCUAAAUUGUCAAGAUUGGGGUCGACUUCUCGAGCUCUCGUCGGCGGUAACUCAAGAGUGCUUGCAAUCAAAUGCUCUGCUGAAUCACUCGUCGACAGUCCAGAAGCAUUUAUUGAAGCUUCAAAAGAGGGGAAUUUGAUUCCGCUUCACCGAUGCAUAUUCUCUGAUCACCUUUCGCCAGUGCUUGCGUUUACCGUUGUUUGGUCAAGGAAGAUGAUAGAGAAGCCCAAGUUUUCUAUUCGAAUCCGUUUGAACCUGGCCUGCAGGUUUCAAAUGUUUAGAUUUUGCUGAUAUGCCAUUACGUCGGGAGAUAUAGUGUGGUUGGUGCUCAACCCUCAAUUGAAAUUUGGCGAAGAAAAUGUUGUUACAAUUUUGAAUCAUGAAGAGGAAAAGAAGCAGAGGAGAUUGUUGAGAUCCUAGAC